ACAAAAAUUAAAAAAUUAAAAAAUUAAACUAAACACACAUCAAUGUAAAAUCAAUAGAAUUAUAAAUUAUAAUAGAUAUACAUCAGAAGUAGGAUCGUUUGACCCCCUUCGAUCAAGCCUAUAUUCUUGUUUGUUUUAAUAAUAAAAAAAAAUUGCUAUAAAGUAGGUACGAAACUAUAAUUAUUUUAUUUUAUUUGACUACCUAAUUAAUUUCAGUUUAAUCACUGAUGAAACUAGAGAGCUGGAAAAUAAUACGUCAAUAUCCAAUUUAAAUAUUAGUGAAAAUAUUCAAUCGGGUAUGACGUUUGUUGAAAGUAAUUAUUCUCAGACUCAAAAAGCCAAUAUGAAUACGUCAACUCUGGAAAAUAUUUUAUCAUCUAAUGAAAAUAUGAGCAAAAAUAUUUCAUAUGAAACAUCAACUAAUACAACUAAUUCUAGUUUUACCGAGCUUAGUGAAAUAAAUAUUUUAGACACACAAAACCAUAAUCUUGAAAUAUCGAUGGAAAGUGAAAUUUCCGUGUCUAAUAAUUCAUUUGAAGGAAGGAGAAUCGUGGAUAUAAAUUAUAUAUUUUCUCAAGUACAAAUUCUAAAUUCUAAAACACAUACUCCUGGUUUAGGAUGUUCAUUCAUAAAUGUAGAACUCGUAAAUGAAAUAAAAAAAGGUUUUGAGACGACUUGGAUUUUUAAAUGUAAAAUGUGUAACUUAUUAACAACGAUUGAAUCGGAAAAAAAAGAACUUGGAUUACGUACCGAUUAAUAAAGCCGUUAUAAAUGGUACAUAUGCAAUCGGUAUAGGAUUUACUCAACUGGCAGAGUUUAGUGCGUGCUUAGAUAUACCAUGUAUGGCUCCUACUACUUAUAUUAAAUAUAGUGAUGUGUUAAGUGAAGAUAUAGAAGCUUCUGCUUGGAAUGUUAUGAAGCAGGCUGGGAUUGAAGGAAAGAAAUUGGCACUUGAAGCAAAUGAUGUUGAUAUUGAUGGCAUACCUAUGUGUCCAGUAAUCGCGGAUGGACAAUGGAGUAAAAGGAGUUACAAGACAAAAUACGACGCAUUUUCAGGAGCAGCAACAAUUAUAGGCUUUAGGACUAAAAAAAUAUUGUUCGUUGGUAUUCGCAACAGAUAUUGCGUAAUAUGUGAGAGAGCAAAAUCCAUUCGACAGUCUCCAAGUCCUCAUAAGUGUUUUUUGAACUGGAGAAAAGGAGCUACCAGCUCCUGAACAGCAUCGAAAUGCAUGGGUUGAAAUUUAAUAAAAUAAUUGGGGAUGGUGAUAGCAGUGUCACCAAAAGAUUGCACGAAGUUAUGCCAUACGGACCUAAGUUUCUCAUAGAAAAAGUAGAAUGUAGAAACCAUAUCCUUCGAAACUACUGCCAAAAGCUUAUGAACUUAACAAGAGUUACUAAAUAUCCUUGCUUCAUAAGAAAAUUCAUAUCGAGAAAUAUUUCUCGAGAUAGAUUUCGAAUUGCUGUUACAAGAGCAAUAAGACACAGAAAAAUUACAAAUGAAACGUUUAGUAAAAAAAGUGAAGAACUACGGAAGGAUAUUCUUAACAGUCCGUACCACAUUUUCGGCCAACAUAAAAACUGUGAUUCAUAUUUUUGUAAAAGACAAAAACUAGGGGAACUAAAUUUAGUAAAUGAAGUAACCAAAUGUGGUUUGAUGAGUGAAAUUUAUUCUGUUAUUCGCCGUGUAGCCGACAACUCAAAAAGUUUGGUUUUAGAUGUUGACAAUAAUCACUGCGAACAAUAUAAUAGCAUUAUCAAUAAGCACAUAGCAGGAAAAAGAAUAAAUUUUAGUCAAAAACAGUCAUACAACAUCCGAGUACAGACAGCAGUAGUAUCGUUCAACACGGGUGGUAAUUUUAUACGGGAGAUCCAUAAAAAAAUUACUAAUAAAAGUCCAGGAAUCAUCGCAAAAAAAUUUUUAAAAUACACGUCAGACAAAAGAAAAAAUUUGAAACACCGGCGAGCACUUUUUAAAUCUUCCGGAAAAUAUAAAGCAAAAACAACUUCUAAUGGACCAGAUGAAAAUUAUGGUUUAGCCCAGCCUAUAACUGAUUUUUUGUCCGAUGAUGAAAUAAAAAAAAAGAAAUCGGAGUUUAUAAAAUCACUAAAUAUUUCAGCAACUGAUAAAAAAAAAUUAGAGUUCGACACAAGGAAUCAAGCUAACAAUAAUAAUUGGUUUAUUGAAAGAAGAAACCGACUAACGGCCUCUAAUUUCGGUAAAGUAUGCAAAAUGCGGCCUAGCACAUCUUGUAAAGCUAUGGUGCAUAAUAUAUUGUAUGGCAAUCCACAAACAAAUGCAAUGGAAUAUGGCAAACUAUCAGAAGAGUCAGCGUUAAAAAAAUUAGAAGAACAAAUACAAAAACCUAUUCAAAAGUGUGGACUAUUUAUUGAUGAACGUAAGCCAUACCUUGCAGCAACACCAGUAUUGACAAAGACCUGGUUGAAUGAUAGUUUAAAUGACCGUGAAUUGGGCUUGUUCAAUUAUAAUAUUUAUCAUUGUGGUAGAUCUUCACUUACUAGUACUUCUAGUCGUGGUGCAGAUGUCCUCAUAUCAAGACGCAAAGACGUUCAUUCUUAUCAUGUCCAUUAUCCUGAUUUAAGUACCGCCCGAAUAUUAGUUAGUUUAAAUUUUGACACUUAA